AUGGGACUGCUCGGACAGGACUCGGAGGUAGGCCGUCAUGAUGUGUUUUCGAGUGCUUCUGUCAAGUGUGCUAAUGGAAACCAUUUAGAAUUAUCACACAUUACGAACUCUACACCCUUAUUCCUGGGAGCACAUCUCUUCCUCCGAACCUCUCCGCCUGCACCACUUAACCCAUACCGCCCACGAUGCGAUCACCGACGAUAUACUAGCAACGGCCCAACCCCUCUAAAAGAAACAGCUUGCACGGGGAAAGCCAGCACACCAUCCAAUGCAGACACUGUGCCACAAUCUUCAACACCUACGAUAUCUAUAUCCGACCAAGUCCGCCUCCUCAUGCGUCGAGUCCCCUACCCCGUCGCAAUCAUAACAGCAACCGAUCCCUCCGGCCCAGAAAAUACCACAUCUUUCCGCGGCAUGACAGUCUCCUCCUUCAACACUGUCACUCUCACCCCGCACCCUGUGAUCUCUUUCAACGUGCGCCGCCCAUCGGAGACAUUGAAUGCGCUACUUGCUUCGCGCCGGUUCCUGGUUCAUUUGCUUGCACCGGGUCCGGCGACUGCGACUUUAGCUAGAGAUUUCUCUAAGGGGAAUGUCACUCUCGCUGCAAUGUUGAAAGGACAUGGGGAUUUUGAGCUCGCGGCUUUGCCUACUGAGAACGAAGAUGGACAUUUUCAAAGACCACUUCCUAUUCUUCAGCGGAGGGCGGAUGCAGCAGCUGCGAGUGAUGGGGUUGACUUUCCUUUUGUUUUUGAAUGUACCCUGCAUCCGGAGAAGAUUGAUGUGCAUGAUCACUCAAUUGUGCUGGGUACUGUUGUCCGGGCGAUCGAGGGCUCUGGGUCUGUUUCGGCGCAGGGGCUGGACGGCAAAGCCUUGGGUGAGCAUUCGCCCGAGCGGCUAUGUUUAGCAUAUGCAAAUACCAAAUUUUGGAGGAUGGGAGGUGAACUUUGA